GCCGCGGCCGCUGGUGCUGGGAGGCCCCGCAGACGCCAUUUCCUCGGCGCCCCCGCGGCGGCGCGGCUGCAUCAGCGCUGACGUGAGGCCGACGCGCGGCUCCGCCCGGUCCCCGGUCCCCCCCACCCCCUGUGACGGGGGCAGCACGUACAGGGCGGCGGUGCAGGGUUUGGUAGGAGAGAAAGGGAGCCGAAGAGAACCGAGCUCUUGUUUUAAAAUUCACACCUUCCGUUAUGACUAAGUGUGCCAAGAGAUAUCGAAAAGGACCUGUCAGACAGAUGACCAUGGAAAUGGUUGAACAGGAUGACAAUGCAGUGGAUUCUAUGACAGAGGGAAAUGCUAGUCACCUUCAGAAUCAGUCAGGCCGAAGUCAGAUUUCCUCAGGAUCUGAGGUUUCUGUAGCUGCUUCAAGUGCUGGAAGAGGAUCUCCAGCUGUAACUCUAGUGCAGUUGCCUUCUGGUCAAACUGUUCAUGUCCAGGGUGUCAUUCAAGCCACACAGCCCUCAGUCAUUCAGUCACCACACAUGCAAGCUGUUCAGGUAGCAUCGAUUGCAGAUGAAGCUGCAGUAUCAGAAGUGAUUAUUGAUUCCCAAAAACGUAGGGAAAUACUUUCAAGAAGGCCUUCAUACCGAAAAAUUUUGAAUGAACUUUCAUCAGAUGCUCCUGCAGUAGCAAAGAUUGAAGAAGAAGAGAAGUCAGAAGAUGAAGGAACUCCUUCUGGUAUUUCUGCCAUGGCCAUGCCAACCAGCCUGUAUCAUACUAACACAGGGCAAUACCUUACUAUAUCUCAAGGUGGUACAAUCCAGACAGUGACAAAUUCAGGAGCUCCUCAGCCAGGUGCUACCAUUGUGCAAUAUGCAGGACAGUCAUCUGAUGGCACACAACAGUUUUUUGUUCCUGGAAGCCAAGUUGUUGUUCAAGCUGCCACUGGAGACAUGCCAGCUUACCAGAUUCGAACUCCCACUACCACCUUACCUCAGGGAGUGGUCAUGGCAGCCUCACCAGGGACUUUGCAUAGUCCUCAGCAAAUGGCAGAAGAGGCAACACGCAAGAGAGAGCUGAGACUUUUGAAAAAUAGGGAAGCUGCCAGAGAAUGUCGCAGAAAGAAGAAAGAAUAUGUCAAAUGUCUUGAAAAUCGUGUGGCUGUGCUUGAAAACCAAAACAAGACUCUCAUUGAGGAACUCAAGGCCCUCAAAGAUCUUUAUUGUCAUAAAGCAGAAUAACUGUCUUUCAUUUGGACCUCGUUUAUUAUGAACUUUAAUCAAGGCAUGAGAGGAAGCAAUUCUACAGAUUGCCAUAUGAACUUGAGAAAGAGACACUUGAGGCCCUUGUGGAACCCAGUUUUGCUUAGUGUUGUCAGACUGAUUUGGGAGAUAUUCCAAAAUUUGGAAUUCUGUCAUAGUCUCCAUACUCUGCUGAGCUUUCUAAUGGCAUGCAAAUGGCUUUUUUGUUUGCACUUUUUACUUCUGCUUUUUGCAGGGAAGCUGCUAAAGAAUGUCGACGUCGGAAGAAAGAAUACAUAAAAUGUCUGGAGAGUCGUGUUGCAGUGCUAGAAGUUCAGAACAAGAAACUUAUACAGGAGCUUGAAACCCUAAAAGACAUUUGCUCUUCCAAAACAGAUUAGUAAAAAUAUUUAUUAUACUGUGAACUAAGAUAUGUCCAGUUGCUUUAUAAGACAAUACAUAGCCAAUGUGAAUUAUGGCUUUCUCUUUGUGUCAUUUAUAUUAUAUUCCAACUCCUAACAUUCCUGAAUGCUUUCCUGCUUUUUGUCAAUUCAUAGCUCUAAUUUCAGGUUUUUCAUGCUUCUCCCUUCCGUCUCCCAAGGAGCCAAAUGUUAAAAAAUAUAACAGAGUAAAAAAGCGCAUAAUUUCUAAGAGCUGUUUCUUUGCCAUAUAUUUACAUACUACUUUUUACAUGUUACUGAGUGUCCUGCACAUAGAAAAUAUUUUACAAUUGUUUUAGAUGAAUUAUAAAGAUGAUGCAUCCAGUAAUAUGAGAAAAUCAAACCACCCAAGGUAUCUCAGGAAAGAGUUUAUAAAAGAAUGUUAUGAUUAUAUGUAUGUAUACUAGCAUACUAGUCUACAGAUGAUUUUAUGGCAUAUUUUUAUAUUAGUUGCUUUGUGGAAAAAAAGUAUUGUAUUGCUGUCACUGAGUGCCAUGGUUAAAGAUAGUUUUUAAUAGAACCAUGUUGUUUAACCUGUGUAGUGUCUGAUUUCCUUUAAACACCUGGUUGAGCUGCUUUAAAAGCCAUGAGUAUCUGGAAGAGGACAAAGGAAAAAACCACACCUAAGCUCAUGACAUGAUGCUAAACAUAUUGUAAAUACUUGUAAGAAGCUCUCUGUUAUAUGGCUGCUAUCUAAAUUUUCUGUAGUCUGCAGAAUAUUUGAUUUAUUAGAGGUCUGUAUAUCAAAAUUUAAAUUUGCAUCCUGAAUACUUCACAUUGUUGAUUCUGUACACCUGUGGACAGUUGCCUAUAGCGAAGACUGAUGGUGCAGUUUUUUCACAGUUUCAGCAAACUACUGAGUGAUGAUAAAGGUGUCCUAAAGAAGGAAGCUUUCCAAUAAACAGUAACUAUUUGCUGAUUCACUGGGUUUUGAAAUAGCCCAUAGGUGAGAGCUGAAGAUCUUUAAAAUAAACCCAUGUUUAAAGUAGAUUACAGCUCUUGUAAAUACAGAAUGUUCCACUUUCCAUUGUGCUUUGAAAGAAAAUAGUGCUUAUGCAAAGUAGCUUCUGGGUAUUUCUUUAAUUCAGGAGUGAUCUAAUUGUUUGUUGGCCACUACAGUCUGCAAGGAGAGUAUUUGGGAGCUUUGCUGGAACUAAUAGCACCAUUGCCUUACUGAUGUGGUAGGAAGAAAGGCUUGGUUCCUACUUAAUUGGCUUUACUGAGGGGAGUGUGUGUGUGUGGAGAGGAGGAGGGAUGGAAUCAUACUGAAGUCAUUGAGACUCCUUAAUUUAAUUUAAACUGAAUUUGCAUUUAACCCACUUCACUCUGACCCUGUUGGGAUGGGUUGGUUCCUGUAUAUCUUUUUUUCUUGUUUCCUAAAUUACUUGAAAUACACAGGAUAACUUUCUCGAAUCUUUUGAAAGUCCUAUUAGGUAUGUAAGUGAGACUGUUUGUAAGAAGAAGUCUUCUCUCUCACUUCUCGCAGCCACAUCAGUUGAUUAAAGAGGAAACAAGCUGCCUUUUGGCCCCUAGGGCUCUGCUGCAGCUCUAGAACAAAAGUAAAGUAAACUUUGAAAUAUCUGCUUCACUGGAACACUUCCAGGUAUGGGAUAUCCACAGCUUUGCUGGGCAACCUGUUCAGUGCCUCACCACCCUCUGAGUAAAGAAUUUAUUCCCGACAUCUGAUGUGAAUCUCUCCUCUUCGGUUUAAAAAUCGUCCACCCUUGUCCUAUCAUUGUCUGCCUAUGUAAAUAGUUGCUUUUCUUCUUUUAUAUUUGCCCUCUUUAAGUACUGAAAGGCCCCAGUGAGGUCUCCCUGGAGCCUUCUUUUCUCCAGGAUGAAGAAACCUGGCUAUCUCAGCAUAUUUUCAUAGAAGAGAUUCUCCAGCCAUGUGAUUAUGUUCAUGGCUCCCCUCCAGACCUGCUCUAACAGGUCCAUGCCUUUCUAGUGCUGAGGACCCCAGAUCUGGAUGUAGGAUCUCACAAAGGCAGAGGAGAGGGGCAAAAUCUUCUCUCUCCUUGCUGGCCAUGCUGGUUUUGAUGCAUCCCAGGAUGGAGCUGGCCUUCUGUGCAGCCAUUGCACAGCACAUUGUUGAGUCGUGACCAGCUUUUCAUUCAUGUCCUUCUCUGCAGCACCUCACACUUGGACUUGUUGAACAUCAUGAGGUUGUCAUGGGCCUACUUCUCAAGCUUGUCCAGGCUCCCCUGGAUGACAGCCCGUCCUUCUGUUGUGUCAACUGCACUGCUCAGCUUCGUGUCACCCGCAACUGUGCCGAGGGAGCACUUGAUCUCAUUCUUUAUGUCAUUGAUAAAGACGCUAUAAAGAGCACUGGUCCCAAGGCAGAAUCCUGGGGGACACCACUUGUCACAGGCCUUGACCUGGGCAUAGAGCCAUUGACCACAACUGUCUGGCUGCAUCCAUCCAGCCAAUUCCUUAUGCACAGAGUAGUCUGCCCUAUUUUUAAAACAUUUGAUUAAUGUUUAUUUUUUAUUUAAAUGAUUACUUGUUGGAGGGGUUGUUUUGUUAAUAAUGGAAGCUAAACGCAAAUGCUCCUGGCGUAUGGUCAUUCUGGAAAAUUCCAUUUGAUCUGUUUAUCUGCACCAGGGAGAAAUAUCCUCUUUCAGAGAACCAACUGCAGAAAAGCUGGCUCUUUUAGGCUAUGACUAGGAAAAAAGGAAAAGUUUUUAUGAUGCAUUAUUCUUUCAUUCUCAGUACUUUAGUUUGGUAUAACAAUUUUGAAAGAAUUAGCAACACACUUCUGUAUUUUAAAGUAAGAAUGAGCAAAUUUGUUGUUGAAUAAGAACAUUUUAAAUCUACAGUUGGUAAAAGGAGAACCAAGAUGUGAUGAAGGAAAUAACUUAUGUCAAAAUGGGCAAAGGCAGUUGUGCACUAAUGCCAAGAAUCCGCUGUCAGAUUACUGCUUAAAGGAAUAAACCCUGAAAAGUUCUGAA